AACCGGAGCACCCGGAGGAAACCCAUGCAGACUCGGGGAGAAUGUGCAAACUCCACACAGACAGUCGCCUGAGGCUGGACUUAGAAGCUGGAGGCAUUCCCUGAGAGGAUGGUGAGAGUAUGGAAUGCACUAUCACAGAGAGCACUUAAGGCAAAUUGUUUGGAGGAAAGCUCUCUGGUUUUGGUCUGAAUAUCAACCUGGGAUAUUGCAGAAAGCGUUUCACCAGUGACUUUAACAGUGAAUGUGUAAUUCUCAAUAUAGAACAAGAUUGUUAUGGUCAAAAUUCUCACACUUCUUAUUCAGAUAGUUUAACAAUGAGAUUGUACAGCAGGAGGCGGUGAAGCUGCAACUGAAGAUAGGAUUCUCUUCUCACAGUGACAUCUUCCGCUCCACUGUUUAUGCAAAAUGAAAUCCCCCUGCCCUGCAGUAGGAAGGCCUGGUUUCCUAAGGAGAUGAGGACAGCUAACAGGGCCACGACAAGAAACUUGUUCCAAAGUGCCCCCUAUCAGCCACACUCUGUAUCAACGACAUGCCAGGAAAUUGUUUACAUACAGAAUUUCUACUGUAAAUGUUAGAUUGUAGAGUGAUCAAGAAUGGGAUGGUAUUUCCUUCAUUCUCUGCUGAAUGGGGUCAACAAGUACUCCACAUCCCUGGGGAAAGUGUGGCUCUCAGUCAUUUUCAUCUUUCGUCUCCUGGUCUUGGUGGUGGCAGCUGAGACUGUAUGGGGAGAUGAACAGAGUGACUUUGUGUGCAACACACAGCAACCUGGUUGCAGGAAUGUGUGCUACGACCGUUUCUUCCCCAUCUCCCAUAUCAGGCUGUGGGUUUUCCAGCUCCUCUUUGUGUCCAUUCCAUCAUUUCUCAUCGGCAUGCACGUGCGUCAAAGGAAGAAAUGCAAGAAGAAUAUAAAAAUCUUUAAUCAGAAUGCAGAUUUGCAGAAAGUAAAAAUCGAUGCCCCUCUUUUACGAACUUACUUGGUCAGCAUUUUGUUUAAAAUGUUGUUUGAAGCUGUCUUUAUGUUCUUGUUCUAUUGGAUUUAUGAAGGCUAUAAGAUGCUCAGACUUGUCAAAUGCAGUGAAUACCCUUGUCCUAACACUGUGGAUUGUUUCAUUUCUAGACCAACUGAGAAAACGAUUUUCACUCUUUUCAUGUUAGUGAUUUCAGCUGUAUGCAUCUUGUUGAAUGUUGCUGAACUGUGCUACUUAGUUGUCAGGUAUUGUGUUAUGCAAUGGAAGAAAAACAUUUUUGCUGCAACGAGGAGCAAUGAAAACAAAAAAUUAACAGUUGCUCUUAGUUCGUCGAAUAUCAGCACAACAAAAUUUGACAAUGACCAAAACAGCAAUUCUGAUAUCACUUCUAUAUUUUAAAAAAGA